UCGUGCUAUCGUUAACAACACAUCAAGAAAAAGUCGCGCGUCACAGAUGAACGAAAAUCCAGUAAAAAAGUAGACAACACAAUAAAAAAUAAUCGAAACGCGUGUGCGGUACCAUAUAAAGUUGGUGACCAACAAGAUAUAUUGGCAAGAGGACGAACUUGGACGAAAGAAAAAACAAACGCUGCCUUGUUUGAGAGUGGAUCGUUUUAAAAAGGUGAACAAGUGCGUGUGUAUUUGUGACUGCGUGAAUUAAGUAUUUUAAAAGGUGGUGUUGAAAUUGUUUCAAAGAAAAGAUGCAGGAAGAAGCUAAUAAAAUUUAAAAAUUUAAUAAAAUUCAAUUUUUUUAAAAUUUGGUUGAAACCAAUUUUGCUUCUUAAAUAACGCAUCGAGAAACCAACUUAAAAAAAAAAUUAUAAAAGAAUUAAGCCAAAGCAAAGAAAAUUCAAAAACUGAAAAUUUUAGUAAAAAUUUAAAAACAAAAAACGGCUGAACGUUUUUAACGGACACAUAAGCACAAAUGGCGGACCCCACCACUUCGAUACCAACGUCCAAAGAGAAGUCAAAUUCAGUAUUUACUCUGAACGAUUUCAACUCACGCACUAAUCUAACCGAAAAAGCACAGCUUAGCGAAGAAUACAUUCCUGCGGAGCAUCGCGACCAAGUCAAUGGUCAGUCGUCAAAUGGCGCGUUAGCACAUUUGCUGAAAAGUUCAUUGGGUAGCGGCAUUUUGGCAAUGCCAAUGGCUUUCUCCAAUGGCGGUAUGCUGUUCAGUAUGAUUGCUACGCUGGUGGUGGGCUUCAUCUGUACGCAUUGUGUGCACAUAUUGGUCAAAACAUCACAAGAGAUUUGCAAAGAAUCAAAAGUUCCUGCGCUAAAUUUUGCUGAGACCGCAGAAAAAGUGUUUGAAAAUGGUCCAAAACGUCUGCGUCCGUUUUCAAAGUUUGCAAAACAAUUCGUUGAUAUGAGUCUAAUGGCCACCUACUUUGCAGCAAUUUGUGUUUAUAUAGUUUUUAUUGGCACUUCGUUUCACGAUGUCAUCAACUAUGACACCACCCUGAAUUGGAAUGUGCGUAUAUACAUCGCCCUGAGUGUAAUACCUUGCCUAUUAAUUGGUCAGAUAAGAAAUCUAAAAUGGCUGGUGCCCUUCUCAGCCAUGGCUAAUAUUUUCAUAGUGGUCACAUUCUGCAUAGUGUUGUACUACUUAUUUAGCGAACCAUUUGUGUUCUCAGACAAGCCACUCGUUGCCAAAGUAACACAGAUUCCGCUCUUCUUUGCCACUGUCAUAUUCGCUAUGGAGGGCAUCGGUGUAGUUAUGCCCGUUGAGAAUACGAUGAAGAAACCACAACAGUUUCUUGGCUGCCCCGGUGUGCUUAACAUAGCUAUGAUCAUCGUGGUGACAUUAUAUGCGGCUAUCGGUUUCUUAGGUUAUGCGCGUUAUGGCAGUGAUGUGCAGGCAAGCAUUACGUUAAACUUGAAAGAGGGUGAGGCUUUGGCUGACACCGCAAAAUUGUUAAUGGCCGUUGCCAUACUUUUCACUUUCGGUCUGCAAUUCUUCAUACCCAAUGAAAUUCUCUGGAGACAUAUCAAACAUAAAUUCAACGAAAGACAUCAUAACAUCAUACAGAUACUUUUACGUACCGGUAUCAUACUGAUCGCUGUUGGCAUUAGCGUGGCUAUUCCCCAGCUAGGACCAUUCAUUAGUCUUGUGGGUGCAGUCUUCUUUUCACUACUCGGAAUUUUUGUACCCAGCGUUUGCGAGACUGUAUAUUUGUGGCCCGAUCGUUUGGGCUGCUGUCGUUGGAUACUGUACAAGAACAUUCUGUUAAGUUUAUGUGCGAUACUUGCUCUAAUUGCAGGCUCUACUACGAGUAUAAUGGAAAUCAUUGCUAUGUAUACAUAAAAAACAUAAAACACCCACAAACAUACACAUGUACAUAUGCAUAAAUAUUUGAAAGAAAACAUAAUUAUAGCGUAAGUUUUAAAAUAAUUAGCAUAAUGUUUUGUGUGCAAAACUAAAGCCAGCACUAGGACCAGCUCCUUUAAGAAAGGGUCUUGAGUAGAAAGUUAAUAUCUACAUAUUUGCAUGCAUGCGAUCUUAGUUUAGUACCUGUGAUUUAAAUGUGUGAACAUGAUUCACUUUUUAAGCAAAUUUAGUUCUAAAAUUCAGUGUUUCUAAGAAUUAAAAGAAAUAAAAAAAUAUGAAACUAAACAGUAACAUUUCAAAUAGGUUUAAAAAUAUUUAAGUCUUACCUAAGAGCCUGAGUGGCGCAAUGCUUUCGUUUGUAUAUACACAUAUGUAUCAUAUAUAUGUAUGUAUAAAUAAAUUAAAAUUAUGUUGAAAAUUAUUUCAAAAAACAUUGAGAAAUUGCCAAUAUACAAGGUGGCGCAAAACUAAUCACCCUAUCGGAAGAUUUAUAAUUUUUGCAAAUGGUGUCCUACGUCAGCCAUAUUUGAUACUAGUGAAUUAGACAGCUGCAGUAUACUAUAAACAAGGUGGCGCAAAACUAAUCACCCUAUCGGAAGAUUUCUAAUUUUUACAACUGGCGUCAUACGUCAGCCAUAUUUGACACUAGUGAAUUAGACAGCUGCAGUAUACUAUACACAAAGUGGCGCAAAAUUAAUCACCCUAUCGGAAGAUUUAUAAUUUUUGCAAAUGGCGUCAUACGUCAGCCAUAUUUGACACUAGUGAUUUAGACAGCUGCAGUAUACUAUAAACAAGGUGGCGCAAAACUAAUCACCCUAUCGGAAGAUUUAUAAUUUUUACAACUGGCGUCAUACGUCAGCCAUAUUUGACAGCUGCGAUAUACAAACAGGCAAGCAAUGGCACGCGUAAAGAUAAAAAAUAGAUUGCCAACACUUGAAAUAUGUAUUUUUGUUUUAGUAAAAAAUUAUUGAAAAACAAAAUUGGAUGAUUAAUUUUGUGCCACCUUGUACAUGUUUGAUGCUAUUCAAACAGUUACUUAGAAUUAAAGAAGUGCACCCCAAAAGAUUUUAAGAGAUAAAAUAUUUUUUAUGAAUUGACUUGUUAAUAUUUCACAAUCGCUAAAUUUGUUAACUUCCUCUGAAGUUAAUAAGCAUUAAAAAUACAAUAAAUACGAACAUAAAAAUAAAAAAAUAGAAAUUUUAAAACAUAAAAAAUUUAAAAUUAAAAAUAUAAUUACAUAACUUUUAUAACACGUUGCUCGAUUCAAGCAAAUAAAAGCAAGCAACUAACAUACAUAUAUGAAUAUUUAGUUCUAGAUUAAAUUAAAUACAAUCUUCUACAAUUUUCAUAUAAUGUUUUAAAAUUAGCAUAAGCUAUUCAAUGGCAAUUUGUUGAAUUUACACGCCUUAUGUAAAUACAUUUGUUGGUAUGUUGUUUACUAAUAGCGCAAAUAUGUUUA